UUACUUUUCAAUCCUCUUCAAAACCCUUUUCUUUCCCAAAAACCCCCUCUCACUACAGAACGAAUCGCUGCUCGAGGUACAACAUUUUACUCUCAUUUUGCCCAGUCACUACCUUCAUUCUCCAUUCCUAUCAUCCAAUCCAUUCACUGAUUCAAACUUUCUUUGACCUUCAUUUUUACUCUUUCUUACUCUAGGGUUUCUUUUUCACCUCCAUUUUCGUCAUCUAUUUUCCCUUUCUUCAUCGCUCGAUUUCAUCCUUUUCCGCUUUAGGGUUUUCAGUAAAGCGGGAGGAGUUUGGAGCACCGAUUCGUGAAUGGAGGCCUCGGCAGCGGCUGGGGUCGCCGCCGCACGCGGCGUUUCUCUUCCUGUCUCCUCGUCGUCGGCUCAGGCUUCUCGCAAAGAGUGGCGUGCUGUCUCCGAGCAAUCGCUUCGAAAUUCCAGUGGCGAGGAAACGGACCGUUCUAGAUUAGGUCAGUCUGAUGAGAGACUGAUAUACGAGGUGCAGCAAGGGAGAGAGCCGAUUGACGUGGACUUCUGUUCAAUUACUAUUGAUGGAAGUUCGGGCAAUGAUAUUCUUCAGAGACUACAUACUGUGGUAAAAGAAAAAGAAGAGUUGCAGCAACUGGAGAUUGAACUACGGGCUCNUGAGAUUGAACUACGGGCUCAGCUCAUUGCAAGAUCAGAGAUUAUGGAAAUACGGAAUAGUUUUGAUGCUCAGAUGAAAGAGCACGCCAAUACCAAUGCUAAGUUUCAGGAGCAAAUACAUGAAAGGGACCAGAAGAUUUAUGAGUUGGAGAGGAGGAUGGAAGAGAAAGAAAGGGAACUGCAUGCAAUCAGACUGGACAAUGAAGCGGCAUGGGCAAAAGAGGAUCUCCUUAGAGAACAAAGUAAAGAACUACAAACUUACAGGAGAGAGAGGGAUAGCACUGAAGCCGAAAGAGCUCAGCAUAUUAAACAAAUUCAUGAACUCCAAGAGCAUUUUCAAGAGAAGGAGCGCCAGUUCAUGGAAUUGCAGGAACAG